AAUCAUUCUCAAUCCGGCUUUCAGUUAGGUAACAGAUCGGUAAAAAAAAUCUCCGGCCAGCAAAAUUUUUCUAAAAUUAGUUUUAUAACAAUUUUAAAAAAAUGGCAGACGGUCCGGAAUUUAAUUGGGAGUACAGUUACGGUGGUCAGGGAAAUCCCUACGCUCAGGCCGGUAGAGCAUCUGCCGCGGUUCCCGGAGGCGGUGGUCGUCAGUGGUUGCACUCCACCCAGGCAAACACCCAGCACUUUGUUACGGGGUCGGGAUUCCCCGGAUCGGGAUCACAUCCCCAACACGCAUCCCCAAAUGAUCCCUUUGCCUCCUACAACCAAAGCAUGAUGAGUCAGUACACGAAUUUCAAGCCCAGUUACGGACAUUCGCAAGUGGGGCCAGCCGCGAUCCAAACUGUUGGUCCUGAUCCCAGUCAAGAAAUGGGUAGGGGAAUGGGCCGCGGAAUGGGCAAUGGCAUGUCCGAAUCGAUGGGCUUCAAUGAAGGCAUGAAUCAGGGCGAAAAUAUCUUUGGAGCAGGAAUGGGCGGUGGUUCCAGGCGUGGAGGUCAGAGGUUAGCUGGUGGCUACUCUGCCCGCUCAAAUGGCCUUAACGACUCCCAUCUGCAUCGAAACCAUCGAGGUAGUUGGUUCUAGAAGACCGCUCGAUAACUAUUCUCCGCUCCAAAGAUUGUUCGAUUUCUUAUUUAAAAAUUUUUGGGCCAACCGUUGUCUUCCCAAACGCGUUCGUAGAUUUGGCAUAAAGUGUAGGCUACCCAUAAAUUAUAUUUACUUACCGAAUAAAUCAAAAUCUUCCGUAUGAUA